AUGCGCGUCCAAAAGAACCACGACUCUGAUUCCUUCACCGGCAAGGAUAGCAACAGAAGCAACAAUAAUGAAGGCCAUUGCUUUGCGGCAUCCUCCAGCAUACGGCGCGGCGAACCCAAGUCAAAGUCGCUCUCACCGCCGCCGUCGCCGCCUCCCCAAAAUGCCAGCGCCGGGGCGGACCGCCGUCGUCUGCUGCUGACCCUCCAUGUCCUCUUCCCGAGCAUCGUCCUCCCGGCCCUCGACCUGCUCGAUCGUAAACUGGUGGCCCGCAUCCGCGUCGGCCCCGACAGGCCAGAGGAACAGUCAAGUCUCCAUACCCGCCGUCGCGAUGCAGAUGGCCUCGGUGAAGACGGCAAGCCAGGGAAUCGAGGCCGGCCGCCGUCGAUAUCGUCGCUCGCACAUACCACGGACGAGGUACCCCUGGCUCGGCUUUACGUUGUCCAAUCCCUCGCCUCCACCCUGGCGCGCCCCCGCCGCCGAGACCCAGCGUCACCGUCGAGAACCUACGCCAUUCACCUCGACGCAUGGAGCUGCUCCUGCGCCAACUUUGCUCUCGAGGCCUUCGCUAGCUAUGCGCAGCCGAUGGCCGGAGCUUUACUGUUCGAGCCGCGAGCAUCGCCGUCACCAUCGCCACGGUCCUCGCCACCGCCAAUACCGCCUGAGACACGAGAAGUUUGCCGGGACAAGCAGAUGCUAUCGUUUGGCGGCUUGAGCUUUGAUGGGCUUUCGAACAUGGCCUACCAUUUUGGGAAAUGGACUUGA